GUGGUCUUGAUAAUAAUGGCUAGAGAGAAAUUAGUUAAAUUUGAAAAUAAAACUCAGGUGAAGCAGAAUAAAGAGUCACACGAUGGUGACCGAGCCCUGAAACUCAAGAAAUUAAACUCCAAGAAGAAGAAAUGCGCUCGGAGAAAACAACUUAUUCGUGCUGCCAAAGUGUUGAAAAUGCUGUCGCAGAAGCAUACGGAGUCAGACGCUGAGAGCGAAGCUGGCGGAGGCGGUGGAGAUGCUGAGGGUGCUGUGACGCCGGGGAGUGUUUCCAAUGGGGAAGGUACUAAGGAAUUUCUUUCAACCGGGAGGACGGGGAGGCGAAAUGCCAUGCCUGAUAUCUUGGGUCAACAUGCUGAGACAGGGACGGCUGAUUUACCCUCACGUCUCGAGGCUCUCACCACUAAAUCAGAUCAAGCUAGUACGAGUGGUAUGGAUCAAAGUGGCCCGUCGACCUCUCAACAACAGAAGGGUUGACGUAAGACAAAAUUUAAUUCUUAUGAUAAUUAUUUCCCAAGAUAUUUUGUCUUGACGUACAUAUUUCCGACAAAACUGAAGGAUCAAUUAAGUAACAGCUAAAAAGUAAAUAUAUUAACUGAUUCUGAUAACGGUGAUGUAAUUAAAGCGUUAUCAAUAACAACCAGAAUCAUACUCACAAACUGAGACUGUUA